GAAAAUCCUAAACAAGUUGACAAUUUAAAAGGAACAAGAAAGAUAAAAAUUUGCUACAAAAAUCGGCUUUCUUCCAUAAAAAUUUUAAAAAAUUAUUAAUUUUUACUAAUUUUAAAUUGUUUAUAAAGUGUUAUUAAUAAAAUUAAAUUGUUUAUUGCUCAAUUGUUUAUAAGUAACGUUUAAUUCUUUGGCAAAAGAGUAGAAAAGAAAUUUUAAGUGAAAAUGUGGAAAGCCACUGCUGGUUUGCAAAUACAAAAUACCGCUGAUGCUGAAGAUGAUGACUGGGAGACGGAUCCUGACUUUAUUAACGAUGUUAGUGAACAGGAACAAAGAUGGGGUGCCAAAACCAUAGAGGGCAGUGGUCGUACAGCCGGUGCUAUAGAUAUGGAUAAACUGCGUGCCGAAACUGAAAAAGCGGAUCAAGAUAAAAAACGCAAGGAAAUUGAAGAAAUCAAUCCCGGCUAUGGUUAUGGUGGUAAAUUUGGUGUACAAACUGAUCGCAUGGACAAAUCAGCUGUGGGUCAUGACUACCAGGGCAAGGUAGAGAAACAUGCCUCUCAAAAAGAUUAUGCCACUGGCUUUGGUGGCAAAUUUGGUGUCCAGUCUGAUCGUGUAGAUAAAUCCGCUGCCGGUUGGGAUCAUAUCGAAAAGGUGGAGAAACAUGCCUCACAAAAAGAUUAUGCCACCGGAUUUGGUGGCAAAUUUGGUGUUCAAUCUGAUCGUGUGGACAAAUCUGCAGUUGGUUGGGAUCAUGUGGAAAAGGUGGAGAAACAUGAGUCACAAAAAGAUUAUUCCAAAGGUUUUGGUGGUAAAUUUGGUGUUCAGGAAGAUCGCAAAGAUAAAUCUGCUGUGGGUUGGGAUCAUAUUGAAGCACCGCAAAAACAUGAAAGUCAAGUGGAUCAUAAAAUUGGUUUCGGCGGCAAGUUCGGUGUACAAAAAGAUCGUAUGGAUAAAUCGGCUGCGUCAUACGAUGAUGGUGGUAAACAACAAGUUGGCACAAAUUAUACAAAAACUAAACCAGUCAUUGAGGGUGUUAAACCCUCAAACCUACGAGCUAAAUUCGAAAAUUUAGCUAAAAACUCCGAAGAAGAAAGUCGUAAACGGGCUGAGGAACAAAAACGUUUACGCGAAGCUAAAGAUAAAAGAGACCGCGAAGAGGCGGCCAAGAAAACAGUGGUGGAGAAUAAACCUCUACCAGCGGCCGAUGAAGCUAAACAACCGCCACCAAAGGGAGCACGUUCACAUAUUGUGACCGGACGUGAGGGCGGCAUAGGUAAUGCUAUAAGUGCGUUCAAUCAAAUGCAAUCACCCACUAAAGAGGAAACCACCGCUGUACGCAAAGAACCCAUACACAUUCCAAGAGAAGUUAAGAGCGAGGUAAAGACGGAAGUAGAACAAAUUGAAGAGAUUAAACCCCAGCCGCAACAACAACAACAGCAACAACAACCGGAAAUAGUGGCUGAAGUUAAGCAAGAGGUGCAGCAAAAAGUUAUGGCUCCUCCUCCUGACCUAAUACCCUCUAUAGAAAUACAAACUGUGGCUACACCACCUGAAGUGCAAUCACCUGAGCCACCUCAUACCACUGAAGAUACUCAAGCCUCCCCAGUUGCAGCAGUGGUAGAAGAACCUGAGCCUUUAUAUCAAAAUCAAAGUGAAAUUCAACAACAUUCUGUUCCUAAAUCACCAGAACCAUCUAUACAAGAACAACAACAACAACAGCAGCAGCAACAAGCUCAACCUGUGUCUCAAACUGAAACUGCCGUUGCUCAGGAACCUGAACUUUAUGGAAAUUCUGAAAAUCUAGCCGAUUAUAUUGAGGAUACUCAUAUUCAUGCUAUUGCUUUGUAUGAUUAUCAAGCUAACGAUGACGAUGAAAUAUCCUUUGAUCCUGAUGACAUUAUUACGCAUAUUGAAAUGAUCGAUGAAGGCUGGUGGCGUGGUUUAUGUAAAAAUCGUUAUGGUCUCUUCCCGGCCAAUUAUGUGCAAGUUAUUAAUAAUCAAAAUUGAGUUCUUAUAGCUGAGCAUGAUAACAACCUUCGAUCCCAACUACAAUAACAACUAUUGAAGUUUUAUCUAAAUCAAAAUUUUGUUUAAGUAUUUUAUUUUAUUUUCUUUAUUUUACUUUUCUAAACAACGAUGAUACUGAUUUUCUUUUUCUGUCCACAAAUCAAGUCAAUUUACAUAUUUAAUGUAUGGAGGUAUUAAACAUUCUUUUUUGUAUGUUUCAAACAUAUGUAUUUUUUACAAAUAUUUUAUUUUUUUAUAUUUAAAAAUUUUUUUAAAUGCAUUUUUGUCUACAUUUCAUUUAAACUAAAUUAAGCAUUUAACACUUAAAAACUAAUAUUGUUAUUAUAAAAUCAUUACAAACUAAAAAAAAAUCAUGUUUAAAGACAAGGCAUACGUACAUAUACUACAAAAUUGUGUCAAAAAAGUCAAUAAUUUAAC